UUCUUAGGUUUCCGGUUCGCUUCUCUUGGAUGCUUCUCAGCUCUCUUCGUCUCGGGUAGGUGCUCAACUUUCUGGUCCUCGUUCGUACCUACGGUUUAAAAGACCAGCACUGCAGGUAGCUGUUGAUCGUCAAUCUUCACUCUGAUGUCGUCCAAGUUUGGGUUAGCCGGUGGGAUUCCUGAGCGACGGGUACGGCCCAUUUGGGACGCCAUUGAUUCGCGCCAGUUCAAGAACGCUUUUAAGCAUGUUACUACACUUCAAUCUAAGCAUCCUAAUUCACCUUAUGCGCUUGCACUCAAAGCUCUCGUUCUGGAAAGAAUGGGUAAACCGGACGAAGCAUUCUCUGUUUGCUUGAAUGCCAAAGAGCUUUUGUAUAAAAAUGAUUCUCUUUUGAUGGAUGAUCUUACUCUUAGUACGCUUCAGAUUGUAUUUCAGCGAUUAGAUCACUUGGAUUUGGCUACCAGCUGCUAUGAACACGCCUGUGGUAAAUUCCCAAAUAAUCUGGAGCUAAUGAUGGGACUGUUUAACUGCUAUGUUCGUGAGUACUCAUUUGUGAAGCAACAACAGACAGCUAUCAAGAUGUAUAAACUAGUUGGAGAAGAAAGGUUUCUGCUUUGGGCAGUUUGCAGCAUCCAAUUACAGGUAUUCUGUGGCAAUGGAGGAGAGAAACUGUUACUUUUAGCUGAAGGUUUACUCAAGAAACAUGUUGCUUCACAUGGCUUGCAUGAGCCUGAUGCUCUUAUUGUCUACCUUUCGAUUUUGGAACAGCAAGCCAAGUUUGGGGAUGCUUUAGAAAUUCUCUCUGGAAAUUUAGGAUCACUGUUGAUGAUUGAAGUUGAAAAGCUACGAAUACAGGGUAGACUUCUUGCUCGGGCAGGUGACUACACUGCUGCUGCUGCUAUUUUUAAGAAAAUUCUGGAGACUUGCCCAGAUGACUGGAUGUCUUUCCUUCACUAUCUAGGCUGUUUGCUGGAAGAUGACAGCAUAUGGUGUGAUGAGGCUGUUAAGGAUCCAGUUCAUCCGUCAAAAUUUAUUAGUUGCAAGCUCUCACACUUGACAGAUGAACAGUUUGAUAGUCAGGUAUCCAAUGCAUUGGCUUUCAUACAAAAUUUACAAGCAGAUACCAUUAACAACUCUGUAAGGGGUCCAUACUUAGCAAAUAUAGAAGUUGAAAGAAGGAAGCAUUUGCAUGGGAAGGGGAAUGAUGACAGCUUAAUGGAUGCCAUUGUGCAAUAUUUUUGCAGGUUUGGUCACUUGCCCUGCUUUACUAGUGACGUUGAGAUGUUUAUCGAAGUAUUCAAUCCUGGUAAGAAGAUGGAACUUUUGGAGAAGUUGAAGAAAAAUUCUGAUGCUUUAACAACCUUGCCAGCAAAGAAUCUUGGGCAAUCUAUUUCCCUUUUCAAGAUCCAACAAUUAUUGAUGGGUGAUAUGUUCAAGUUCUCAGCAAAUGAGCUUGACGUGUGCUGUGUACAAAUGGCUGAAGUAUAUUGCAAAAGCGUUGCUUUUUCUAAGGACUUGGACCCACAGGAAAGCAUGCAGGGUGAAGAGCUGCUUCCAUUAAUAUGUAAUUUGUUGGUUCAGUUAUUCUGGCGGACUAAAAACAUUGGUUAUUUAGUAGAGGCAAUUAUGAUUUUGGAGCUUGGCUUGGCGAUACGAAGACAUGUUGGGCAGUAUAAGAUCUUGCUGCUGCACCUGUAUUCUUAUUUUGGUGCUCUUUCAGUGGCAUAUGAAUGGUAUAAAUCAUUGGAUGUAAAGAAUAUUUUGAUGGAAACCCUUUCACACCAUAUAUAUCCUCAGAUGCUGGUAUCUCCACUGUGGACAGAAUUAGACAGUCUGCUGAAGGAUUACCUCAAAUUUAUGGAUGACUACUUAAGGGAAUCUGCUGAUCUAACUUUUCACGCAUAUCGCCACAGAAAUUACUCAAAAGUAAUUGAGUUUGUGCAGUUUAAAGAACAGUUGCAACGCUCUAGUCAGUAUCUAGUGGCUAGGGUUGAAGCACCUAUUCUGCAGUUAAAGCAGAAUUCAGAUAAUAUUGAAGAAAAGGAGGGUGUUCUUGAAAGCUUAAAAUGUGGAAUUCACUUCGUUGAUCUCUCUAAUGAGAUCGGAUCGAAGUCUCUGACCUUCCUGGAAGACUUGCAAUCACGACCUUGGUGGACACCAACCUCAGAGAAAAAUUUUCUUCUAGGACCAUUUGAAGGGAUCUCUUUUUGUCCUAGAAGAAUCUUGACGAAUGAAAGGGAGACAAGUUGCAAGAGAAACAUUGAGAAGAGAUCCCUCGUCCCUCGAAUGAUCUAUCUCUCUAUUCAAAGUGCAUCAGCAUCUAUGAAGGAGAAGGUUGAGGUCAAUGGUUCUGUUCCACCUAAAAUGUCCUCAGAAUUGAAAUUGUUGCUUGAGCGCUAUGCUCAAUUAUUGGGCUUUUCUCUGCCCGAAGCAGUAGAUUUGGUCAUGGAUUUUCCAAGCAGUGAAAGGCGUUCUGAGGUUUUUGGCUCCAACUUGAUAGACUGGUUAAAUUUCACGGUAUUCUUAAACGCGUGGAGCCUGAGUUCCCAUGAAUUGGUGCAGCCAGAUGAACAUGGAAGUAGGCCCCAUGCUUGGAGUAUCUUAGAUUCACUACUGGAGAAGUACAUUUUAGAGAAGGUGAGGAGCAUGGAGUCUGAAAUCUGUUCUUCUUGGAGUGAUGUCCAGCUUCUUAUACAGAUAGUUACAGAACCUUUAGCCUGGCAUGGACUUGUAAUCCAGUCUUGUCUGAGAUCCUGUCUUCCUUCAGGUAAAAAGAAAAAGAAGAGUGGAUCAGUAGAUCAUUCCAGCUCUAGUUUAGUUCAUACAAUCACCAAUUCAGUGCAGCAUUUAUCUAGUGUAAUGGAGGAGAUUAUGAAAUGGAUAAGAGAAUGGAAAAACACUCCUGAGGAUAAGAAUGUGGAGGACAUUAUUUCCUCUUUUAGAAACAAUGAGAAGCAAAAUGAUGGACCUGGACAAAUCUUUCACAUUUUCGACUCAUUUUUUUCCUCCAAAGAUGCCACAGAACUUGGUGAUCGAAUCUCCCAGUCACUUGAGUCCUGGAGUCCUGCUCAUGUUGCAAGGAAAAUGGUGACUGGGAAGCAUAAAGUGCUGAUGGAAUUUUCUAAGAUCUGUGAGUCAAAACUUAAGUCAUUAAAAUCAAUGAAACAGCAGAUUGCCCAACUCUGAGGAGACAUAAUUAUUUACUGGUGUUGAGGUUCCUUGCUUUCAGCUUUGAUAAAUGGCUCUUCAAUUACUGGAAAACACACAUCGAUGCUAGUCUCUGAUAGUUAGGAAAGCUGAGCUUCAGGUCUUUUUUUAUUUUUUUGGCUAUCUCACAAUUUUUUGGGGGUUAUCUCAGUUUCGUCUAGAAGAUAGUGCCUGAAAGUUCUGAGAAACAGUUUCAUUCUUGUCUUUCAUUUAACAGCUUCUGUUUUGGUUUCAUUUUCCUGUAAAAUUUUCCGUUGGACAACAGUGUAAACUAGACACUUCCUCCCUGUUUUCUUAUUUUGUACCUGUUGAAGUUAAUGGUUUUCUUGUACAAUUUCAUUCUUGUUUUUUUUUUCCCAAAGAAUUUUGGCAAUGUAUUAUCGGUUUGAUUGAAUUAAAUGAAACUUCGGCGAUGAAUUAUUGGUUUGAUUGGAUUAAA